AUAUUGUCCCUCUAGUUCUUGGGAAAAACAGAACCGAAGUCAUCUAAAGUGUUAACUGAACCCUGGCCGUUCUAUAUCUCAUAUAAACACAAACCAUUGAAAUUUCAGGAGCCAUUCUCUCGAGAAUUCAACUAAAAUUUCAUGCAAUCCAACUUAUAUCCAUCGAGUAGAGCUCGUUCUUGUUUCUCAUGGAAUCCCCACAUUCCCUCACCCAAAAUAGCCAUACCCAAUAACCUCAAAUCCUCCAUAAACUUUCAAGAACAAAGGCUAAGUAAAAAUAUCCGUUCUUUUUCAUGGAUUCCAGACAAACCCCACAUCCCCAACCCCAAAACAGACAUACCCAAUAACCCCAAAACCUCCAUAACCCCACCAGGUGUUACAAAAUCUCUGGAAAAUUCAUUAACUUUUGGAGAAGAAAAGUUGAUUAAUAAGCAAAAAACACCCACUGUCCCGUAUUGUCUUCGUGUUUUGGUUCGAAAGUCAGACAAUUUUUAUAGGUAUAUCUGGGAUGGGAAUGACUUAAAACUGGUCCCUGUCGAUGGGAAUGCUUUUACUCUAUCUGAUUUCUGCUGUAAUUUUGAAGAUACAGUUCAAAAAUUAGUCAGAAUUUGUAUUUUGGCUGUAAGGAAUUUUUUCCUUCCAAGGAAAGUUAGUAGUAAUUACCUUGAAUACGUGAAGUGGAAGUUUGUUCAUCGUGUUUCCAGUUCUGCUCUCCAAAUUUUUGCCACCCAGGCUAUGUUGCGGGCAAUUGGAAUAGGGAACUCCAGUUCAUUUCCAUCAGCUGCUGCACUAAAUUGGGUCCUGAAGGAUGGUCUUGGAAGGUUGAGCAGGUGCAUCUACACUGCUAGCCUAGCAUCUUCGUUUGAUACCAAUCUUAAGAGAGUAAGGUUCUAUACAUCUGUUCUCUUCAGUUUGAGCAUUGGAGUUGAAUUGUUGACUCCUGUAUUCCCACAAUACUUUUUGAUGCUUGCAUCAAUUGCCAACAUCGCCAAGCAAAUAAGCCUUGCGUGUUACCUAGCAACUGGUACUGCCGUUCAUAGAAGCUUUGCAAUUGCCGAUAAUCUUGGUGAGGUUUCUGCAAAAGAACAGAUUCAAACAGUGUGCUUCGAUAAUCUUGGUCUUGCACUUGCUGCAGCCCUGAAUAUACUAUUUGCUAAUAAUCCAAGUUUGCAAGCAGGUCUACCGUUUGUGGUGUACCCAAUCUUCUCAGUGCUUGAUCUUUUUGGUAUAUAUCAAGGACUAAAGCAUGUGCAUCUGCAGACAUUAACUAAGGAUAGACUUGAGAUCAUUAUAAGCACAUGGAUUCAACAAGGAUUUGUCCCAUCACCUGCAGAGGUGAGUAAACAGGAGGGUAUUGGCUUAUCUUGGAGCAGAGGCAGGGAGCCAUGGUCUAUCAGAAUCGGUUACGUAAAUCCUACACCUUGCACAGCAGAGCUAUCUAAGAAUAUGAUGGAAUCUUUGAUUAAUGAAGACUUUUAUUUCUUGAGUCCAGAGAGAUUGACUAGUGAAUCGAAAAGGAAUCAGGAGUAUGGUGUCCUACUUUCGCUGCGGGAAGGGGUCGGCACUACAGAUGUGAUCAGGGGCAUUUUGCAUGCAAGUUAUGUCCGCAAGGAUAUAGAAGCUUGCGGUAGUUCCACUGCAGUUCUCGAGCAAUGGUUUAACCUGGUUGAAGAUGGUAAGAGAUUAACAGAAGAAAAUAUGGGCCAGUUGUAUGAGCAAAUGUUGUCUUUGGGGUGGGCAUGUAAGAAUAUUCUUUUCAGCACGCAGGAGCAACCUUGCUAUGGAUGGUAAGCAAUGUUGUCUUCUUCGGGCUAUGGUUUAUUUGCAAAAGAGCAAAGCUAUCUAUGAUUCCCUUGUGCUUGUAUAUAAUCGAAUUUUUUGGCAUCCCUCAAGUGAAAAGAGUUGCCUUGUACAAGCCCUGCCCGCGCUGGUUUUCAUUUUCCUCUCUGCAGGUAGGGAGAGAUGAGUUUUUCUUUUUUUGUUGGAGGGGGGAAGCAAGUGUUGUACAAAUUUUGAGUGGCUUUCUCCAUGUUGUAUAUUAAGUGGUUAAGGUUAAACUUGUUAUCCAUAAAUUUGUGUUUCCUCAUUUAUCCAUUUUCUCUGAAUGCGUGCUGAA